AUGGAUACGCCAAUUGUACUUACAUUUUAUAUAAAACUUUCAUCAAAUUCAAUAAUUAUUCGUUCAAUAGUUUUAAAAGAAUAUUUUUCAAAAUUAACAUCAAAUGUUGAAGUACUUUAUCCAACACAAAUUCAUUGUGGUCUUUUAUUAUGUAAAUCUAAACGAACGGAAGAAAAAAUUUUAAAUAUGCGUCAUAUACUUUCAAAUGGAUCAACAAUUCAUUUAUCUCAUUUAAAUCGUUCAUUAUUUCAACAAAUAAAAUGUACAAUUAGUGGACAAAUAAUGCAAUUAAAUGAUAUGAGUAUAUUAUUUCAACAAUGUUUACCAUUUCUACAUGCUUCCGAUGGCAAAAUUCAAGUAAAUCCUGAUGGAUCAAUUUUAUUAGAAGGUCAUAUAUUUAUUUUAAAUUCUAUUCAUUCAUUUCUUACUAAUAAAGCAUCUAAAAAAAAAGAUCAGUCAAAUAAUACAAAUUUAUCCGAAACAUUAAAUUUACAUAGUAAAAAUAUAGAUAUUAAAAUAAUGAGUGGAAAAUUAAUUGAACAAAACGUUGAAAGUAUUAUAAUUCCGAUGUCUGAUAAAUAUAAUAUUCAUAAAGCUUUUGAUCGACAAAUACAAUCAUUAGGUGGUACAACUAUUAUUAAUCAUCUUAAAGAAUUAAAAACAAAAAAUACACAUAGCCAUGAAGGAGACAUUAUUUUAUUCUCAAAUCAUGGAUUAAAAAUUCCAGCAAAUAUUCUUAUAUUUUUUACUGUUCUACGUUUAUCAAAUAAUACCGUAAUAAAAGAUAAAUCAAUGAUUGAUUCAUUUCAACCAACAUAUGAAAAAUUAAUUUAUAAUGCUUUACAAACUAUUGAACAAAAUAAUAUAACAAAUAUUGCAAUGCCUAUUCUUGAACCACAUGUUAAAUUAUCUUGUAAAAGACUUUAUGCUAAUGAAAUGGCUGUUCGUGCAAUGAUUAGUGCUAUUCGACAAUAUUCUCAAAAUUUAUCAAUUAAAUUAAAACGAAUUAUUAUUGUUGAUCAUCAAAUACAAAUCAAACAAAUGAAUAAAUAUAUGAAAAAAUAUCAAAAACAAAUUGAAAAAACAAUAACAAUUAAUAAUGAUAUUGAUCUUGAUAGUGAUGAUGGACAUUCAUUUACGUAUAUAUUUGGUGUACCAAAAGUACCAGAAAUAAUAUCAAGUACAAGCGAAAGUGAUGAUGAUAUUGAACUAGAAGAUUAUCAAUUUCCUUAUAAGCAUCAUACAAAAAUUUAA